AUGGUUCACGCAAAAUCCAAAAACACCGUUGGACUGGGUAACAGUUUGAUGAAUGAUAGGUUUGGGAAGGGCAAGGGAGCAGAUCGCAAGAAGGUCACAUCAACUGGAAUUCAGAGAGUUCACAAAGACACCGGAGAAACUUAUGUCACCAAUGAAAAGCAGGAGGCCAGUUGGGUCAAGAUGCGAUCGGUUACAGAGCAGGCAGCACUCGACGAGUUCUUGUCAACUGCAGAAUUAGCCGGCACAGAUUUCACAGCGGAGAAGAUGAACAAUGUGAAGAUCAUCACUACCGAUCAAAAGAAUCCAUACCUGUUAUCGGCCGCGGAAGAACGGGCGGCAGUCGGCAAGCAAAAGUCGCACAAGGAAAGACUUACAGUUCCCAGAAGACCUCAAUGGGAUUCUUCCACAACCCCACAGGAAUUGGAUAGAAUGGAGAGAGAUGGUCUUCUCGAAUGGAGAAGAGGAUUGGCUGAACUUCAAGAAAACAACGAUUUAUUGAUGACACCAUUCGAGCGCAAUUUGGAGGUUUGGAGGCAGUUGUGGAGAGUUAUUGAGAGGUCUGAUCUUAUCGUACAAAUUGUCGAUGCUAGGAAUCCACUCUUGUUUCGAUCUGAAGAUUUGGAGAGAUACGUCAAAGACGUCGAUAGCCGCAAAGAGAAUCUCUUAUUGGUCAAUAAGGCUGAUAUGUUAACUUUGGGGCAAAGACAACAUUGGGCUGAUUAUUUUGAGGCCGCCGGUAUCAAAUACAAGUUCUUCUCAGCAGCUUUGGCAAAGGAAUUAAACGACGCAAUGGCAGAAGAGACCGAAGAGGAGACCCAGGCCUCUACUUCUGCGUGGAAACUAGCAGAGAAGGCGAAAGCACUUGGUCUUGACGACGACGAUGAAGACGAAGAUGAGGAGGAUAGUGAAGCAGAAAGCGACGAACAAGAUGAAGGAGCGGAUGCGCAAGAAGAGGAUGACGAAAUUGAUGACGAAAUCGUUGAGACCGAAAGCACCAGGAUCUUGACCGUGGAUGAGUUGGAGGCUCUUUUCUUACUGCAUGCACCUGAUCUUAAUGAUUCCGAGUCAGAUAAACCUAGAAAGACUCAAAUUGGUCUCGUCGGAUAUCCUAACGUCGGUAAAUCUUCUACCAUCAACGCCCUGAUCGGCGCCAAGAAAGUGUCUGUAUCAUCGACACCAGGAAAAACCAAGCAUUUCCAAACUAUCCAUCUCAGUGACAAAGUUUUGCUUUGCGAUUGUCCUGGUUUGGUUUUCCCCAACUUCGCUACUACCAAAGCAGAACUUGUAUGCAGUGGUAUUCUACCUAUUGAUCAACUUCGUGAAUUCGUGGGGCCAGCUGGUUUAGUAGCACAUCGCAUACCUCAAGGAUUCUUAGAAGCAUUAUAUGGAAUGAAAAUCGUAAUCAGACCUUUGGAAGAAGGAGGAACUGGUAUUCCAUCAGCUGAAGAGAUGUUAACAGCAUACGCCAGGGCAAGAGGUUUCAGGAGAACUGGACAAGGUCAACCAGAUGAGUCGAGAGCCGCUAGACACAUACUUAAGGAUUAUGUCAAAGGAAAAUUGCUGUUUUGCCUGCCUCCACCAAUAGACAUUGAUAUUUUUGAGUUCAACAAGGAAUUGUAUGACGAAGGCCAUCUGCCGGAAAAGAGACGACAUGCAUUGGCGUCUAUGGCGGCCUCCGCUGAUGAUCAAACGUCUGUUGCAGAUUCUGACAUCAUGGAACUGCCACAAGGGCCGAAAUCAAAGAAUCUCGACAGUACUUUCUUUGCCCAAGGAUCAGGUACUUCAGCACACUUACGAAUGCCUUUCAGUCACAAGUACUCUGAGCAGGGAACUGCGAGUGGAAAACAGCUGUCGGGAAGGAAACAGGCAACUCUCGUAGCCUUAGAGAAGGACGUCGAUCCAAAUGAUCUUCAGAAAUUGACUAGCAAAAAGCAUUUCAAGGGAAACAAGCCAGGUGGAAAGGGCAAGAGAAGGGCGGAUUAUUUUGCUGACUAA